AUGGAUGAGCCCCAGAAGGAACCCAACCAAUGUCAGGAGGGACAGCCCCGCAAGGUGAGGUUCAAAAUAUCCUCCUCUUACAGCGGCCGAGUGCUCAAACAAGUGUUUGAGGAUGGGCAGGAGCUGGAGCUCCCGACCGAGGAGCACUCGCGGCGCUUCCCGCGCAACAGCUUCGAGCCCGAGGACAAUUACUGUGGGCUCGAGGAAGAGCCAGACAACAGGUUCUACUGGCCCACGGCGCUGACUGCCCGGCGGAUCAGCAUCCUGCGGGAGGACCAGACCCACAGCCUCUCGGGGAUCUCAUCCCUGCUCAGCGAUUGCCUGCCUGGCACCAGCCACUGCGGGUCUGCUCCAGUUAUAGAUUUUGGCAAGAUCAUCAUCUACACUAAUAACCUGAAAAUCGUCCGUGCACCAAUGGACCAGAAAGAGCUCAUGAGAAGAAUCAUCCAGACUGAUGGAGUGAACGACUGGACCUUCAUGUACCAGGAGAGGAAAGAAAGGCUGGAGGGUGGACCUACAGAUGUGGGAAAAAAGAUCAUCUGCAACCAGUAUAUGCAGGACAGCGAUGCCUACGGUUGUUUGCAGUGCAAAGGUUCAGGCUCUGCUCCCUGCUCGCUGUGCCAUGGCAGCAAGUUCUCAAUGCUGGCCAACAGGUUCAAGGAGUCGUACCGGGCACUGCGCUGCCCGGCGUGCGACGAGAGUGGGCUGCAGCCCUGCCAG